CUCGAGGUAAAAUUGAAAAAAAAAAAAAAAAAACUAAAAAGGAGGGGAGAGGAGAUCUUUCUCUCCCGAUUUCUGCUCCCAAUCUUUUACCUCAAAGAUCCCUCUUUUAUAUACCGUAGAAUCUCAACCCAUUUCCAUUUCCAAUUCCAUUUCCAUCGCUCCCACCAAAAUCGCUUUCCAAGGGUCGCUCGCGGGGACCCCCUUCGUCUCCUCUUCUCCAUCCCCGCGAUCCGAUCGGGUCGCUCCUAGAUCGAGAUCUUUGGAUUGAGAGGCUAUGGGUAUGGAGAUUCUCGGAGCUGAUAUUACAUCAGGACCGGUCAAAAUGGUUGGAGAGGAGAAACUUUCAAGUGAGAUUGAAAAUAAGGCUAAAACAAAUCUGGGGCAGGAAGAAGAGACUACAAACGUUGGUACAGUUGACGGCUCAAAUGGAGCAAAUGGGGAGUUUAAGGACAAGGAUAGUGCAUCUCAUUUCCCAAAGGAUGCUGUUGAUGAGUGGCCUGCACCUAAGCAAAUCCAUAGCUUUUAUCUUAUCAAAUUUCGGUCUUAUGAAGACCCUAAGAUGAAGCUCAAACUUGAACAAGCCGACAAAGAGAUUCAGAAGAAGAACCAAGCUCGUUACCAGAUAACUGAAGCCUUAAAGGCAAAGAGGUCUGAACGAGCUGGUGUUGUUGCCCAGCUCAGGCCUUUGACUUCAGAGAACAAGCAAUACAACGAAGCUAUGAAUGAGAAAAUGAAGGAAAUGGAGCCUCUCCAGACUGCCUUAGGCAAGCUCCGUAAUGCAAAUAAUGCAGUGAGAGAGAAGGGCAUAGGUUUGUGCUCUUCAGAGGAAGAACUUAAUGAUCUGAUUAAGAGCAUACAUUAUCGUAUCAGUCACGAGAGCAUAACCUUAGAUGAGGAGAAACAGCUGCUGCGUGAAAUUAAACAGCUUGAAGCAACAAGAGGAAAGGUGAUCUCUCAAGCUGCUAUGAGAGCUAAGCUGCAGGAUUCGUUGGGUCACAAAGAAGCUAUCCAAGACCAGGUUAAACUUGUAGGUGCCGACAUGGAUGCUGUCAAAAAGGAGAGACAAGCAGUGAGGGGAAAAAUUAAGCCUCUGGAGGAGCAACUAAAGGCCAUUGACGCGGAGAUCAGUUCUCUACAAGAUGAACUGACUUCUGUGAGUGAAAAGAAGGACAAGGCAUUUGAGAACCUAAAUGAGCUGAGAAAAGCACGUGAUGCAGCUAAUUCAUGCUACUUCCAAAACCGUUCACUCUUGAAUAAUGCCAAGGAACUCGCUGCAAAGAAGGAUAUAGCUGCAUUGGAAACACUUGCCCACAGCGAGGUAGAAAAGUUCAUGUUGCAGUGGAGCAAUGAUAAAGAGUUCAGGGAAGAUUACGAGAGGAGGAUAUUGCCAUCACUGGACAGCCGGCAGUUGAGCAGGGAUGGCCGGAUGAGAAAUCCUGACGAAAAGCCCAUCAUAGCUCAGGAGACUCGACAAAGUACAGAAGCCGAGGUGGCUCCAAUAAAAUCAACUGCAAAGCAGACAAAGGAGGCCGCUGGCCCCAUUUCACGAGCGGACUCUGCCUCUACUGAGAAGCUCCGUGACAAGGAGAUUGCUAAGGUGACUGAAGUUGAUUCGAAAGAGAAGAAAGGGAAUUUAGAGGAUACUGUAAAGAGCCAUGAUGCUGAGAAAACCCAGAAAGAGUUACCUAAAAAGCCGGAGAUUGAUGCCGAAACAUUGAAACAAAUGAAGAGAGACGAGCAGAUUGCAAAAAAUAAGUUGGCCUUGGAACGGAAGAAGAAGUUGGCUGAGAAAUCGGCAGCACAAGCAGCGGCUAAAGCUCAGAAGGAGGUUGAGAAAAGGCAAAAGGAAAAAGAAAAGAGAGCUAGAAAGAAGGCUGCAGCACAAGCACCUGGUGUAUCUGACGAGCUGAUUGAAACAGAAGAAAAGAACACUGAAGAGGCAGAAGCUAAGCCUGAGGUGGAAACCCUGGCUCCAGCAAAAGCUAAGGAACUGAAGGAGACUGUUAGGUAUAAAAACAUCCAAAAGAAUCAAAGUCAACUUCCAAAGGUUAUACUGAAGAGGAAAAAAUCUCAUCAGUCUUAUUGGAAAUGGGUGGCUCCUGCUGCGGCACUUGCUCUGGUGCUUGCCAUAUUUGCGUACUUAUACUUAUCGCGGGUGAACUAAAAUUGCCGGCUGUAAGACCAUUUUUGAUUCUGAAGCACACCACAGUUUUAAUUCAUAAUCAUCUGUGCUGUGUUGGACCGAUCUCAUGUGGUUCUUUCUCUAGGAAGCAGCAAAGAAAGUUUACUUUCGAAAAAGAUAUUCACAUAUGAUACAAUUGUUGUGGAUUGUAAUGUUUGGACUAAGUUAUUUGCGCUUGCAAUAUUUAUGUUUCCUUUAAUCUCGAUACUGUUACUUCCUACUUUGUAGUCGCAGAGUCAAUAAAACGUUCUAAAUAGCCAUGGGGUGCUAUGAUUGCUUAUUCUUAUCAGGUUGCUGGUGAGGAUAACAUGUCCUCACCAGAAUAAUGUAUUGACAGAUAAAAGUUGCAAACUUUAUAGUUUAGAAGUUUGUUCUUGGCAUUAA